GCGGCCAUCUUGUCGAGCUCAGUCGGAAACCAACUGCCGAGCAGUGAGGGAUGGUUGCAGAGAGGAGACGAGAGAGAAGAGGCCAGAUGUGUUAGGCGAGGGAUUUUUUAAUGCGCUUCCGAGCCCGGCUGCCGCUACGUGCUAGAGGCUGUGCGAUAGCGACGACGGAGCCACAACAACCAUCGCGGGAUUUUCGCGUGCGAAAAGGCCCGGUGCACCCGGUUAAAAACCUUGUGCGGAGGGGGAGCUGCGGAGGAGGAGGAGGAGAAGGUUCUGGCGAGAGGCUGACUGCGAGCUUAGCUUCUCAUCGGCGAAAAGGCUUGGCCGCUUGGUUGGUGAGGAGUGGACGAGAUACGCGGCGAGGAAGAGAGUGAGAAGACCAGCACGUAGGAUGACCGACCGAGAGAAAGUGCAGUGUCAAAGUCUGUGAUAGUAUUUAUUUAACAACUCAACAACAACAAGAAGGUUUCGUACAUCUGUAGCGAAACAUCGUCGGCAACAGUAGCAGCAUCUUUCGUGGACGUGUCAUCGUCGCGUUCGAGAGAGAGAGAGAGAGGGAGAACGAAAGAGAAGAGGACGAAUAGAGAGUCGUGCGCGCCGAGAGACGAAGCUGCGGAGUGAAGAGACACGUAGAAGAUAGACUUUAUAUAUUUAUUUAUAUCUGUGAUACACAUACCGACGCGCUGAUAUACAUCAACCCUCUUUCGCGCGAGAUACGAGACGUGGACGAGCGAGAGGAGCAGAGAGGGAGAUUAUAUCAGUCUCUUAGUAGAUAGGCGUUUUUGUAAAUACGACUGACUCUUUUAUAAUUACUGCUAGCGGUGCGAGUCGUGAAAGACAGAGAGAGAGAGAGAAAGAAAAAUACAAAAAUCGCGUGCACGGACGGAUCUCUCAAGAGUGAACCGCCGAAAAACUCCCAGAUAUUAUCCGAACGAGCAGCAUCACGCGGUCGCACGGAAACAUGGUGGAGAAGAUUCUGGAGGAGAGAGAGGACGGCACUCAAGAGCCUGGACGAGGCGACGGCACCUGCCGGGAUGUGACCCCGACGGGGGAGUCUAUGAGCGCGGUGCAAGCCCGUCAGGAAGAGGCGAGACGUAAGAGACGCAGGAAGAGACGUUCCGGCUCGUCCUUGGUGUCCUCCUGCUUCCAAGAAUUGUACAAACUGACUGGUGAGGUACUCGGUGAGGGUGCUUACGCUUCGGUCCAGACCUGUACGUCCCUUUACACGGACCUCGAGUACGCCGUGAAGAUCAUCGAUAAGAUCCCCGGGCAUGCUCGCGCCAGGGUAUUCAAGGAGGUCGAGACGUUCCAUCAUUGCCAGGGCCACCCGAACAUCAUCCAGCUGAUUGAGUUCUUCGAGGACGAGGAGAAGUUUUACCUCGUGUUCGAGAAAGUCAACGGCGGCCAGCUGUUGAAUAGAAUUCAGGAGCGAGUUCACUUCACCGAGAGGGAGGCCAGUCAGAUCGUCAAUGAGAUUACGAGCGCGCUCAACUUUCUUCAUAAGAAAGGGAUCGCCCAUAGAGAUCUUAAGCCGGAGAAUAUCCUGUGCGUGUAUCCGGACAAGUUGACGCCGAUCAAGGUAUGCGACUUCGAUCUCGGUUCGGGCAUCAAGUUCAACAAUUCGUUGUCAAGUCCCGUGGCGACACCGCAACUUUUGACGCCGGUCGGUAGCGCCGAGUUCAUGGCGCCGGAGGUGGUCGAGGCGUUCAUCGGCGAGGCCAAUUAUUACGACAAGCGUUGCGAUCUCUGGAGCCUCGGCGUGAUCAUGUACAUCUUGCUCUGCGGCUAUCCACCCUUCUACGGGAACUGCGGCACCGACUGCGGCUGGGGUAGAGGCGAGAACUGUCAGGCUUGUCAGGAAUUGCUCUUCACCAGCAUUCAAGAGGGCAGGUACGAGUUCCCGGACAAGGAGUGGAGAUGCAUCUCCGAGGACGCGAAGGAUUUGAUCAGAGGCUUGCUCGUCAAGGAGGCUCACCGAAGGCUCAGCGCAGAUAGUAUUCUGAAACAUCCCUGGAUCAACCCCGGGCCGACCUCCGUCGAAACUUGCGAUCGGCCGCUUACCACGCCUCAUAUCAUAAGGAGGAACAACUCCGCUAGAGAACUCUCAGCAUUUGCUGAGUCCGCAAUGGCUGUGAAUCGUGUGGUACUUCAGCAUUUCUCUCUGAACCUCGAGGAUUUGGCGGAGAACAGGGAGCCGCGACUGUCCACGUCGUCCACCGACGACGACAAUCAUCCGUACGGACACAUGUCCGACUCAAGCAGCGAACUGUCCGAGAACAGCAAGCAAUUCACGACGCAUUCCUCCAGCGAGCUGGACGCCACGCGAACCCAGAAGUCGUCCUCCUCCGUGCUCUCCAACGUCGAUCUGAGCGACCCCAAGAUCAUCGGCAAGAAUCGCGUCCUCGGCAAGGACGCGCUGCACCUGUUCGGCUUGUCACCGCCGUGCGAGAGCCGUCUGAUGCAACGUCGUCUGAAGGCGCGCUCGGACCUGCUCGAGCGUCAAUCCGGCAAAGCGGUAAUCGCAUCCCCGAGUGGCUAAGAGGUCGUUGAAAGAGAAAAGAAAGAUCGUUAUCGUCCUUUCUCGCUACAGUAUCAUUUGUCUCUUUGUAACUUGCACGCGAGGACGCGAAGAUGUACAAUACUUUUUCCAACGGCUUAGAUUGGUAAUGAAUAGUGUAUAAAGCGAAAUGCGUCGCAGAGCCGCGGACGCGAUGAUAUAUUGGAUGCGCGAAUAAAACGAAAACAGGCUCGAUCGUUUACAAUUAGCAGUUGUGACGGCAAAAACACACAAUGACUCACGAGAUAAAAUUCUGUAAGAUCCUGCCGCGAGAACUAUACUAUUGGAGAAAGAAAAAAAUAUAUCGUUAUCUUCUUUUUUUUCAGUAGCCGUAAGCCUCUUUUGUCUUAAACUUUCCUUUUUAGCGUACGGUUCGGAUGAUAAGCAGAUGUUUUUAUUUCCAAUGUUCAGAGUCCCUUACUUUUACAUCUCAUCAAUCGCCCAACAUUAACUUUUAAUUAAUCGGUAAUAAUAAUAAUCGUGAACGUCUUGAAUAGAAAGAGCGUAAAUACUAAAGUAACGUAUAUUUAAAACCAAAAAAAGUAAAUAACGUAUAUACAUGUACGAUUUUGUUUAGAGCGUAAAUCUUAAUUAUAGCGUAAUAACUAACGUGUGCUGUAUUACGCGCAUUCAACUAUGUGGCAUCUCGGCACAUAAAAAAAGUCGAUACUUAUCGCGGAUCAGGGCGAAGGAAAGAAAAGAAACGCCGCAGUUUUCGACUCACGACGUCGCGCGCGAGUAAUUUUUUCGUUUCACUUGGAAAUAAAAGCAAAUCUGAUUACAUCUAA